AUGUACGGGUCGCAUCCUCACUCUAACUCUUCUAACCAACAAACUUCGGGCCCUCCAGUACCAGAAUGGCGGCUUCCAUCGGCUGCGCAACAGCGGCCCUCGCGGAAGCCUACGCCUGGGCCUACUCCGCCCCCUCCACCACCAUCUCAUCCUCCACUAUCAGCGUCUUCUUAUAAUCCGAGCACAUAUGGCUCCAUAUCUAGUCCGUUGCCUGGCGCUGGCGCAAGUGGCUCGCCAGCCCCUGGCUCAGCGGGCAUGGAUACUAGUGCCUGGGGAGUAAAGUACAACAGGCAGCAAUAUCCUAUCUACGCGCCUCCGCCGCUUCCUCCUCGACCCCCAAGUACCCCAGCCUAUUCUUCUAGUGCACAGUCUCCGAUCGUGAGCCCAUUGGAUAAUAAACCCUUACCAGCCAAUCCAACAUAUGGGCCGCCAACUUCUGCUGCAGAAUAUCAGCCACAAUGGACGACAAAUGCUCCGCAUGCAUCUCAGCCUCCUGUGAUUAGCCCUCUUUCUCCACCUCCGCCGCCUCCAGUACCUAUUGGAUAUCAAAGCUCAAUAACACAGCAAGGUAAUCAAACGUCGCAGCAGCUGUCACCUCCGCCGUAUUCGGUCCAUCCUCCUGGAGAGAUUCAUAAUUUGCAGAACAGUAGCGCCCAACAGCAUGCCCCAUUCUCUUCUACAAAUGUCUCAUCACCCCAACCAACAUUAUCAGGGCAAGGCCCACUGACCGCUGCAAAUCCCGUACCAUGUGGAGGUGCUCUCCCAGUGACCGCUCCCCCGGUCCCUCCUAAGACUAGCCAUAAUGCUCUUCCCACAAACACCUCUGUAUUGGGCUCUGGCGGACUGUCUGACUGGGAGCAUUUCACACCUACUCCAGGGGACGUCGAUGAUGUGGAGGCUUUUGGGAAUAAACAGGGCAACGCCGCUCAGUCAAGUGCUACACCGGAGCCAUCACCAGGAUAUUCAGCACCUAUUCCCACUGUAACUUCGAACAGCCAAGCUGUGAUAUCUACACCGUCUGCGAAUGUGUCUCCUAUAAGCCAGCCUGUUCAUACCCAAGAUACCACAGCAGCACAGCCUUUUCCAGGCAAUUCUAGCGCAAUACAUGGCAUUCAAGAUCCGCCUCGCCCAAUCAGAACGGAUACCUCUGGGUCGAUCUUGGAAUCGGCCCGUUAUCACGGACACUCAACCCCCAAUCUCUCAAGCUGGCCAAAGCAUCAGUCUCGAACGGAUAGCCCAACCCCAAUGCAAAAGCUUAGUCCGCUUGAAAUUCCCAAAAUUAAGCAGGAUUUCAGUAUACAGCGAAAAGAGGUUCAAUCGGGCUCAAAUACUCCCCGCUCAAGCAAUACCCCCAACGAAACGAGUGCCAAGGUAGACGUAUUGUCUCCACAGCUCAAGCUGUUGGAUCCUUAUGAAGACUUAGACCCUUGGUCUAAGUCCUCCUUGGAGCGUUACGUGGCUAUGCUACGAAAGGAGGCGGUCGCUGAUUCUGAUAUGGAGCGUUUCAAAAUAUUCACAGCUUUUAUGUCCAAGGAGACUAAGCUACGUGAGAUCUUGUACAACAUUGAGCAUGAACCAAAAAAUGAAGAAGCUCCAAGUCAAAAGCCGACACCGGCUUCGCAGGAGCCCAACCGGCAGUCUGGUAAUAGUACACCCCCGAUCGAGUCAGGCUUAAUACCGGCUGAACCAGAGGAGAGCUGCGAGGGGUCAGCUGGCGUUUCGGAAGACCUUGAAGACGGGGGUUAUAGCCCAGGGGGCCGUCCUAUCCUUACCAGGGUUGAAACGCCUAGUACUCUUGGUAUUCAAAGGCCUGCUUCUCAACCGCCAGGCAAAGGAUAUAGCUCAGGACAUCAAAGUCAGUCCCAACCAUUGAGGGCUACGUCGGUACCACCCUCUAUGCUCGAUAAGCAGGAGCUGUCUCCUUUAACAACCAACCCCCCACAGCCUAUAUACACUCCGUUUCGUUACACCGAAGGCCCUCAGCGGGGCUCAGAUCACCUUGUAAUUGACCGCCCUGCAUACCAGGCCUACUCGGCCCUGCGACAAGCCUCAGCGGAGAGUGGGCGGGUGAUGUCGAAUGCCCCACACCCAGGAUCUCACGAAGAUUCCCACUCUUCGACUCCUCUUGCAGGCAACGACGACGAAACUUUCAUUGGGUUAAUUAGGGAGAAAAGUGUUGCUUACCGCAAGGCAUCCCGUAGGAAGUCGUCUCCGCCUCCUUUACCAGCGUCACUCAGGAAAGGAAGGCCUGAUGGCCCAGUUGAUGAUCUGCGCUCCAUGAUAUCGUCCCCCCUGGCUAAGCAAUCAGAAAGCUCAUGGCACAUCACAACUCGAAAGGACCUAGAGAAGUAUUCAAAAGACUUUGGUUAUAUACAAGAGACGGUUAGAUCCUGGGAGGCUACGAACAAAUCUCGCAGAGAAAAACUAGACAGGCAGCGUAUGCAUCGUCAAGAGGAAUCCGAGAAACGCAUCGAUGCGCUAUUCAACGGAAGAGAGAUAGGAUAUGCCGAUAUCAAUGUCCUCGAGGAAGAAUUCCGCCAAACAGAAGCUCGUGCUCAAUUAGACGAGGAAAGACAAGAACUAGACGACUAUAUUGCAAAGGUAUUCAACCCGCUGGAUGAACGUUUGCAAAAAGAUAUUUCUGCACUCCAAGCCCAGUAUGACUCGGCGCUUGGUCAGCUUGACCAUGAGAACAAUAAGAUCAAGAACUCAGUGACAGAUAAAUACAAUUUGUCUCACACGAUGAAAACAGUCAAUAAGAUCUACCAAAAGCUUGAGGCUCGCUAUCAGAAACGUCUAGAAAUAGCUUUAGACCGUGAACAUCGGCGAAAGAAAACCGAAAGACGACCUCUGGUCUUCAUGGGAGACUCAGUAGCCCUCAAGCAACUGGAUCGAGAGUUUGAUGAGAUGGAGAAGCGAAAUGUUUUAGAAGCGGCGAAAGACCGGGAUGAGAGAGCGAACAGGUUGAUGGAUUCAUUCGACGAUGCAAUCAUGCACGGUUUGGGAGAGAACCAGAGUCUUCUCGACGAUGUUUCUGCGAAAUUGUCAAAGGUUGAUGUGUCAACCAUUCGUUCAUCUAGCUUACCCGACUCUGAGAUCGAACAUAUGUUGAAAUCAGUCUAUAACCUAGUAGACUCUCUACGACAGGACUCCGAAUCGAUUUUGCACAACUUCGGCAUCGCAGAUUCAGCUCUCAAUGAUGCCGAUUACGGCGUUUCUGUUGCUGAAGCCCGUUAUUCCAACGCGGAUGACGAUGUAUUCGGACGACUCGAGGACGACAAAAAGAAAGAGGAUGCCAAAAUCCAGACAGAUCUUAAAUCCAAAUUGGACAGUGUUCGCGCCGCACCAGCCGAGAUUGCCGUCACCAUCAAUAACCUCCUUGAAUCUUUAGGCAAAGCUCCAAUCACCAAGCGGAACCGUUCAUCAGAACCUGCCCCUGCAGGCCACCCUAUUGAUGUCCUCUUCCCUGGUCCUCGUCCUACGGCUAAUGCUGCUCCCAAAAAACCUGAUGAAGAUCUGGAACAUCAGGAGCGGCUUCGCAGGGCGCUAGAGAAUGCAAAGAAGAGAAAUGCAGCAAGAAAUACUCCGCAACCACCGAGUUAG